CUGUGGGCCGCACCUCAAGCAUUAUCGUCUAGGAUGGUUUCGCGCAUCUCAGCCGUGGGUUCGCUGGUGGUGGUGGCAGUCUUCAGCAUCGUCCUCGUUGCGGCAUCCUCCAGGGAGAGGCGGCAGGUGGGGGCAGCAGGAGUAGACUAUCCGACCUACUCGGAGGUGCCGCCCGGCCUCUCCUUCACCUGCAGCGACAAGAUUCCUGGAUACUAUGCCGACCCCGAGGCCCAGUGUCAGGUGUGGCACUGGUGUAUCCCAAGUGGACAACACUACUCUUUCCUCUGCCCCAACCAGACCCUCUUCAACCAAGUGUACAGGGUGUGUGACUGGUGGUACAAUGUAGACUGCUCAGGCUCUCCCGACAACUACAACAUCAACGAGGACCUUUACAAGAUUCCUGACGAGUUUGUUGGCCGGUCGAUCGACCAACCUGAUCCUGUGGAUGAAGAAAUCAGCGACGAAGCUUAGCGACGUUGUUCACGACUGCUACCAAACUCCGCAACUCCUGGCUGUGUGCGUAAUCUUUUCCUGAGAGCAGCUAAUAAUCUCAACAAAUUCAGCUAAUAAAAUUUGUAAGUCCA